AAGUCCCUGUGCAGAGCUGUGCCUGGAGCGCUCCUUCCCAAGGCCGGCACCUCCAAUUCCUUUCCUCACCUUUUAAGGAUGAGGGAAGCAGCUGCUGGGGCCUGAAAUUACCUGGGAGGAUUUGGUUUUGCUGCGAGGGCCUGAGUCCUCCUCACAUAAACAAGCUCCUGAAGAAAGGAGAGGACAGAGGAGGGAAUAAGAAAAAAAAAAAAAAAAAAAAAAAGCCAAAAAAAAAAAAAAAAAAAAGCCAACAGGUUGAUCUGGAUUUCCAUCCAGGGUUCCACCCUCCUCCGUUUAAUGAACAUCGCAGAACAGGUGCUUGGAAUUCAUUAGCAGCCCACGAGCCCAGGCGAGGGAAUCGCUCCGGCCGGGCUGCGCUGCCGGCGCUGGCUCGGAGCAGCAGCAGCAGCAGCCAGAGCCGAACCUGCAGCCCAGCUCUGCCUCCCCCGAGCCGCAGCCGGGCAUGACCCACCCCAGCGGCGCCUUCUCCGGCGGCUCGCUGUGCUCCGGGGCGCCGGCCAGCAUCGGCCCGAGCGCCGAGCGCCGCAGCCCCGACGGCGGGGCGGGCGAGGGGCCGGGCCGGGGGGCGAGCGACGGGCCGGGGCCGGGGGCCAGCGAGGGCUGCGGCUCCCUGGGCUCCCCGCGCUGCCCGCCCUUCGCCACGGACCGCAGGAUCCCGGCCCCGGUGCGCCUGGACAUCGACACCGAGUUCCAGGCGGUGCGGCAGCAGGAGAAGGAGGACAUCAAAGUGCUCAACAACCAGUUCGUGACCCUGAUCGAGAAGGUCCAGAGCCUGGAGCAGCAGAACAAGGUCCUGACGACCAGGUGGAACUUCCUGAAGGACCAGGACAAUUCCCACUCUGACUCGGACAUCAAGGCCAUCUACGAGCAGUACAUGAGCAAAAUGAACCAGGAGAUGAAGGCGCUCAACUACGAGCAGGAAAACCUGGAGUCAGAGCUGGCGAAGGUGCUGAGCACCAUGGACGCCUUCAGGAGCAAGUACGAGGAUGAAAUUCGCCUCUGCAGCGGGAUGGAAUUCACCUUCAUGGAGCUCAAAAAGGAUCUGGAUGUGAGCACCUUGCACCGCACAGAGCUGGAGGUGAAGCUCAAAGGGCUCCAGGAGCUGCUGGAGCUGAAGAAAACCAUCUAUGAGCAGGAGCUGGAGGAGCUGCUGACAGAGAUCAAGGACAUCUCGGUGGUGCUGGGCGUGGACAGCUGCUCGCGGCCGGAGCUCGGCAGGGUCGUGGAGGACGUCAGGGCUCAGUACGAGGCCCUGGCCCUGCGCAGCUGGGAGGAGGCUGAAGCCCUGACCCGCAGGAAGCUCACAGACAGCAGCUCCCAGCCCGGCUCCUUCGGGGGGCACCUGCUGGACAGCCGGAGAGAAAUCGCUGACCUGAACAUCCAGAUCCAGAAACUGCGCUCCUGCAUCGUGUCCCAGAAGAGCCAGUGCCUGUACCUGGAGGAGCACAUCCGUGAGGCCGGCGAGCAGGGGGAGGGGACCCUGAGGGACGCCAAGGCCAAGGUGGCCGGGCUGGAGGAGGCCCUGCAGCGCAGCAGGGAGCACGUGGCCCAGCUGGUGCGCGACUACCAGGAGCUGAUGAACAUCAAACUGGCCCUGGACGUGGAGAUCCUCACCUACAGGAAGCUGAUGGAAGGGGAGGAGAACAGCAUGGAGCAGCCCAUUCCCACCGUCAUCAGCGCCGUGCACUCCCGGACCAGGCCCCUUUCUGCCAGCACCCUGCGCAGCUCCCGGCUCUUCUCGGCGCCCAGCAGAGCCCAGGAGGCGCCGGGCACCGGGCAGUGCUCCCAGGAGAAUGGAUGGACACGGGUCUGAGGCUCCUGGGCAGCUCCUCCUCGGCUCCAGCCCUCACCCCAGGCGUGAAGGAUGAGAUCCUGUCCAGGCUGUCCCUCGUCUGUCCACCAUUCCAGUUCAGCUCCACUCCCAGUCACAGCAGGAACCAUUCCCUGCACCUUCCUCUCCAGGAUUUCAGGGACUCUCCCAUUCCCUGCACCUUCCUCUCCAGGAUUUCAGGGACUCUCCCAUCCCCUCCACCUUCCUCUCCAGCUCUCCCUUCCCAGGGGAUUUGCAGCCACCCCUUGGAAUGUUCCCAGCAGUGUCCCCAGCCCAGUUUCAGCAGCUGCCAUUGGUCCCUUCACUGGUGUUUCCAAACCCUUUCCCUGCUCUGAGGGUGAUCCUGAUGGGGCUUCCAAGGAAAGCACCAUCCAGGUUCCCACGCUGCAGGAGAGGGAGGAAAACAACCCCAGGGAUGGAUUUGUCACCUCGACUGACAGAUCUGGUGACAGUCUGGGGGACCCUUGGCCACCUCAGGGCAUUUCCCUGCCUAAAAUGCCUCACAACUCUUGAAUUCCAUAAUUCCUCCCUCUCUCCAGGCUCCACGCAGCAGUUUCAGCUCCUAAAAUUGGGGUAUUGGUUCCUAUUUAACUGCACUGGGAACAGUCCAGUUUGGGUUGGGAGGGACCUCAAAGCCCAUCCCUUCCCACCCUGCCAUGGCAGGGACCCCUCCCACUGUCCCAGGCUGCUCCAGAAUCCACCCAGCCUGGCCUUGGGCACUGCCAGGGAUCCAGGGCAGCCACAGCUGUUCUGGGAUUCCAUUCCAGGGCAUUCCCCACCCUCAUAGGGAAGAAUUUCCUUCCUAAAAUCAAAUCCAAACCUCCCCUCUUUCAGCCUAAAGCUGGAAAACUCCCUUGCCUUUGUAUUUAUUGACCUCAGCUUGUACCUGCCCAGCUGCCCCCAUUGGCCAGCCCCAGUCCUGGUGCUCCAGAGCUCCCAGAGCAGCCCUGGCAGUGCCACAGGGGGGGAUUCUGUGGCCUUGGCACAGCCACCCCUGCAGCCUCCCCCAGAAUCCUGCAGCAUUUCCCUUCCUGGCUCAGCCCCCAGUUCCCAGGUUCCCCAUUCCCACAUUCCUGUAGGGUAGGAAGCCAGCUCUGGCUCGCUGGGUUUGGCUGUUCCAAUAAAGUUCUGUCAGAA